AUGCGCGCCCACCUAAUCACUCUCCUGGCCAAUACCAUACUAGCGACAUCAAUCACACAACUCUCCAAUUUCACCAACUACGUGGACAUUGAAAACAGCGCCCUCCGUCCAAACGGCCAUAUCCUCCUUACAACCUUCGACCAAGGUCGCCUCUACACACUCAAUCCCCUCAGUGAUUCCCCACAGGCUGAGUUAGUCGCCUCUCUGCCGGGUGCUACGGCCCUAUGCGGUAUCGCAGCCAUUGCCAACGAUAAGUUCGCCAUUGUCGGUGGUGUGAGGGGUCAUUAUCACUAUACAAAUGAAACCGUGUAUACCGUCGACUUCAGCAUGGAUGCUGUAAACCCAUCCGUUCACGCCGUCGCUCGCCUCCCCAAUGCAUCCAUGCUCAAUGGCUUGUCUUCGAUGCCAAAACAGCCUCAUAUCAUUUUGAUAGGCGACUCUCGACUCGGCGCUAUAUUUCGUGUCGAUACAACGACUGGAAUAUCCAGAUUGGCUUUCAAACAUGAUUUGCUGGCUGCGCCAACGAAUGCAUCCCUACCUAUUGGCGUAAACGGCCUCAAGGUAGUAGAUGAUUAUGUCCUCUUCACUAAUAGUGCGCGAAAUAUCUUCGCGCAUAUCCGCGUUAGCGCGGACGGUCUGCAUUUUGGCGAUGUCGAGAUUGUGGCACGGUUAGAUUCGAGCUCGGGGUCCGAUUGGGAUGAUUUUAUUGUUGAUUCGGCUGGUGUGGCGUACGUUGCCCAGCCGGAUAAUGCAAUUGCGAGGGUUAUGCCUGGUGGGACACAUUCUGUUAUUGCCGGGGGUGGUUCGAGUGAGGAGGUCAAGGAACCUACGUCUGUGCAGCUUGCCAAUGGGGGACGCUCUAUUUACGUUACGACGCGUGGGGAUGGGAAGAAGGUCAGUGGGCAGGUUCUUGAGAUUCAACUGCUUCGGUAA